AUGGCGGCGGCGGUGGCGCUCCUGGGAGCCAGGGGCGCGCCUAGGGCUGGCGCUGGGGCGCCUGUGCUGGGCCAGGCAGGCCGCGGCUUGGGCCAGCUGGGCCGCGCGCACAUGCCUGCGGGGGGUCGCGGACGGAGGCUGGGGCGACAGCGCUCGACGGAGUGGAGCAGGGCCGAGCCGGCGCGGUCGUGGGUGGCUUCGGCGUCGCGGUGGUCGGCUCGGCGAGGUCGCGCACAGGAGCUCGACGCGGCGGGCGGCUCCGGUGCGAGGACGGCGUUGCGGGGCCGGGGCUCGGCACGGCGAGGACGAUGCGGGGGCGACGUCGUGACCACGGCGAGGCGCGGCGGCUCCUGCUCGGUGCAGAAGGCUCGACGCAGAGGAGGGAGCUCGUGGACUGAAGCAGGGGGCGCGACGAGGAGCUCCGUUGUGGUCGCGGCCGACGUUGUUGCUGCUCGGCGAGGUGGCGUCCGCGGCUUCGAGGGCGAGGGCGCACAGCGCCUUGGGCGCGACGAGGUCGAGGGCGCGGACGCGUCGGCGCUGGCGAGCAAGGGAGAAGGGGAGGGUGGCGGCGCUGGGAACGGAGCAGAGAGCGGCGGCGGCCGUCACUCUUAUAGGGGCGCGGGCUAG